UAUUUAUACAUCCCUAAAAUCAACCACUCAAACACAUUCACAAACACAUAAAUUUUCAUUCAGUAAAAAUAAAAUUACCAUGGUAGUAGCAUUAGGUCCUGGAAAAUUCUAUGGUAGCAGUCUACCAAGACCACGAUUCUACACCAACCCGGAUCACGAACGGGUCGACCCACCCGUAUCCGUUUUAGACCCGUUUUUAUCAUGGGCUGAAGAAGCUCACUGGUCUAUGGGUGGUUUGAGUUUCAAACGCCUCCGUUUACAAGGCCGAAUCGAAGGCAAUAUAAACAAACUUAGAUCUGAACGCGAAAAAAUUGAAAAAAAAGCUGCUAAGGGAAAGGGUUUUUCGCCUUCUCCUCCACCUGAGAAGGUGAAUUUGAAGAGGAAAAUAAGAUUGGUCGAUGAAUUUGAGGAUGACGUGGAGGUUGUAGGGAGAGUUGAAAAAAGGGGUUUGGUGAGGAAAUUGGAUGAUGAUUUUGAUAGAGUUGCUACGAGAAAUAGAGAGGAUGUGGUUGAGGAGGUAAAUAAGGUGAAAACUAAGGGUAAGAGUAGGAGAUUGGUGAAGGGUUUGAAGAGUAAUGGAUCUGUGACACCAACUGCAACAAGAGUUUCUCCUAGAUUGUCUAAACGUGGGUUGCCUUGAAGGUGUUUGAUUAUUUGUUUCAAUGAAUGGAAUCUUUUAUAGUACAGGAUUAGUGUGUUGAUUUUGAAAUGUAAGGUGGAUUACUGUUGUAAUCUUGAUAGAAAUGAAUGAAAGUUUAAUGUUUG